AUGCCCAAAAGCUUGAUGUGUCUGCAGCCAUCUACUUCUACGAUCCCGCCAUGUGCAACUCCUACUCCAUCACUCCAAGAACUGCAACAACUCCUUAUGCUCGCGCCCUCAGAAGUAGAUCGAGAGGCAAUCCUGCUCCCCAACCCUCCCAACGCAUGCAACAUCACCUUCCAAUUUGUGAACACCACCCACGUGCCUCCUACCGGGGGAGAGAUCGUUCUUGCCAGCGUGGACAAGUUCCCAGCUCUCAUCGGGACUCACGUCAGUGCUGCCAUCGGCUUCGUUGACGCCUGCGGCCUAAACGUCCCGCACUCACACCCCCGCGCCAACGAAUUCCUAACCGUCGUUCAAGGCCAACUGAUCGGCGGUCUUGUCCUGGAGUCUGUCCCCGACUUAACCGGGCGAGUCAACAGUUCCGUCCCGAACCCAACAGUUCCUGAGCCCGUGGUCAUGGCCAACCUGACCCAAUAUACCGGCAUGCUCUUCCCGCAAGGCGAGGUGCAUUUCCAGUUCAAUCCGACGUGUGAGCCGGCCGUGUUUGCAGCUGCGUUUGAUAAUGAGGAUGCGGGAAGGGUUCAGAUUGCUAACACUUUCUUCUCGAUUCGGGAUGAUGAAGUUGUGUCGGCUGCGUUGGGGUAUCCGGAGUCUUUGGACGCGAGACAGAUUGGGAGACUGAGGGGACACAUUCCGGAUUCUUUUGCAGAGCUGAUGGAUAGCUGUGCGAAGAGAUGUCAUAUUCCUUCGUCUUAG